AUCCGUACUUCGAAAGUGCUGUCUAUUCAACUAUGAACUCUUAUUCAAUCUCACGCAGACCGAAUCAAUCACCCGGACUAAGCUCUUCCAUGCAGUCUUGACUUCAUGAGUAGCAGACCUACAUCGGAUCGAUCGCCUUUGGUUUCAUCGCUUCGAUUGAAUUCAUGACUUGACUGGCUCUGCUAUUGCAAACCAACAGACAAAAUGGACAUCACCGCCGGAACAUUUGCUUUCCACCUUCCCAGGCUCCUAGAUGAUCUAGCAACCUGUCACUUCGUGUCGAUAGAUUGCGAAUUCUCAGGAAUUCCUACCACCAAUUCAGCACCGUCUAGUGGAGGUGGGAAACCCACUCUACAACAACGGUAUGAUGAGUACAGGAAGUGUACCGAUAAAUACAGGAUCGUGCAAAUCGGCCUCACUGUUGGCCAUGAAGAUAUCAAGAAAGCAACUUAUACACUCCGACCUUAUAAUUUAUACCUGAAUCCGAACAUCGAUCAAAAGUUGGACGUAGAAAGGGAUAUCAGCUUCCAAAGUAGCGCCAUGGAGUUCCUGCUUCAGAAUCAGUUUUCUUUGAACUCGCUGUACAAUGAUGGUGUUCGAUAUCUGUCUCGGGAGGAAGAGGACAUAGCCAUGGCCAAAGCUUCGGCGAGAUUCAACCGGACAAAAUCUCACGCAGUUAUGGAGGUUAAAGAGACAGAGCAUGACUCUAUUGAGUUCGUCCAGGCAGUUCGAAAGCUGGUCAAGGACUGGCUUGCUCUUGGUAAAGACCGUGAAUCGUACCUCAACAUCCCGCCGCCUAGUCGUGAUACUAUGGAUGAUGACACCAAGUUGAUGCCGUCAACGUUGAACAACUACCGGAAAAGACUCGUGCAUCAACUUAUAGAAGUAGAAUACCCAUCACUGGUGACAAUCAGCCACCCCACCUUCAUUCAGAUCAUUGAAUACGACGAAGCACGCGAGAAAGCGGUUCGUGAGCAACGAAUGAAGCGAACCCGAGAACGAAUAUCACAAGAAACCGGGUUCAGAUGGGUGGCGGAAGCGCUGGCAGGCGGCGAUCUCUCGCGUCUUGAUCCCUACUGUUUUCGAAGCACGAUGUCCACAUCUACAGCUGUGAACUCACAAGCCUCGCUCAAGAUGUUUUCGGAGAAAAUGAAACAGAAAUUGCAAACACACCGGCCUGUACUGGUUGGCCACAAUCUCUUCGUCGAUUUGGUAUACUUCUGCCGGUGUUUUUUUGGGCCGCUGCCGGAAAGCGUUCAGGACUUUCAGAGCAUGGUCCAUAAGAUGUUUCCGGUGUUGGUCGACACGAAAUACUUAGCUACGCAUAACUGCGGGUCUAUCAUUCCUCGGUCCUCACUGAGUGAGAUCAAUGAGAAGCUGUUGCAAACUGCAACACCCAAAAUCAGUCAGCCUACCUGCUCCCCCGAUGCGAUAUGGACUAAUGGUUGGGUUAGAAAUACACCAUCAGCAUGCCAAAUAUAAUGGCCGGAAAAACCAACAUGAAGCAGGCUACGAUAGUCUGCUCACGGCUCAGGUAUUCAUCAAGCUUUCUGCGCAGCUUCGUGACGGCGGCGUGUCCGAGACAGCCAAAUCCACGAACCCACAAAGCCAGCCCAACAGACAGGGUUCGAAGCAGAAACGCAGUGCUAAGAAAACCGGGGACAUUGAUCUUCCCACAAGGUUUGAUGUGCUGGGAAUCGACGAGGUUGGAGACGCCGACCGCGAUCUUGCCAGCGAGGAUCAAAAGAUUCGGCGGGACGAAGCAGCCGGGAAAGCUAGCAAAGGACAUUUGAUCCCUCGGAGCGGCGCUGAGUUCUGGACCGUUUACAGCAACAAGCUCCGCGUGUUUGGCACGGAGGAGAGUGUUUGCCAUGUAGGGAACCCGUAGAUAUCUUUCAUAUCUAGCGAGCGGCGCCCUAGCAAUAACCCAGUAUUUUCUACGAAAUCAUACAACUAGCUAGUCCAUACCGCAAUGGCAGUAAGGAAUGUAUGCAGCAUCUAUCUAACAGUACACCUUGGACGUAAAGAAGGUACUGCUAGCGAAAUAGCCGCCAAGUACUCACUCUGAGCACCGGUAAAUGAUCGACUGGUCGUGGGAGUAGCAUAACGCAGUGAUGAUAAGG